ACAAUUAUUUUUUUAAAAAAACCACCUUCUUCCAGCCAGAAUAUUCCUGAAAUGUCUCCGGCGGCUACCGGAGUUCACAUUCCGCUCCUGCCGGAGCACGAAGCGAAGGAAAAGCGCGCGCCAUCUGUGUCGGGAGCAGUGUUCAAUGUGUCAACAAGUAUAAUAGGAGCAGGGAUAAUGUCAAUACCGGCAACACUUAAAGUUCUCGGUGUAAUUCCUGCUUUUGUAAUGAUUCUUGUUAUUGCUUGGCUUGCUGAAAUUUCUGUGGAGUUCUUGAUGAGGUUUACGCAUGCCGGCGAGUCGAGUACUUAUGCCGGCGUUAUGAGGGAGGCUUUUGGACCUGUGGGAUCUGUGGCUGUGCAGAUUAGUGUUAUGGUUACUAAUGUUGGGUGCUUGAUUGUUUAUUUGAUCAUUAUUGGGGAUGUCCUGUCAGGAAAAGUGGAAGAAGAAUCCGUGUACCUGGGGAUUUUGCAGGAAUGGUUUGGCAUCCAUUGGUGGAAUUCACGAGCUUUCGCAAUCUUGUUCGUUGUCGUUUUUGUGAUGCUUCCUCUAGUUUUGUACAGACGUGUAGAAUCACUAAGGUAUAGCUCAGCUAUAGCAGUGUUAUUAGCAGUAGUGUUUGUUGGGAUAUGUUUGGUGAUGACAGUCUAUGCAAUUAUACAAGGAAAAACCAUAAAUCCAAGAUUGCUGCCUCAACUAAACAACGAAGCUUCAUUCUUUGAUCUCUUCACUGCUGUGCCGGUGAUUGUCACAGCUUUUACAUUUCACUUCAAUGUACAUCCAAUUGGUUUCGAGCUUGGAAAACCUUCCGAUAUGGUAUCAGCAGUGAGAAUAUCACUAGUAAUCUGUGCUGCUAUAUAUUUCGCCAUAGGCCUCUUCGGAUACCUUCUAUUCGGGGAAUCAAUUAAGGCCGAUAUACUCGUAAAUUUCAACAGAAGUUCCAACACAGCGACAGGCGCAUUACUGAAUGAUAUGGUUAGACUAAGCUAUGCAUUUCACCUUAUGCUGGUGUUUCCUCUGUUGAACUUCUCUUUACGGGCAAACAUCGACGAGUUUCUGUUCCGUGAUAAGCCUCUUCUGGCGAAAGACACGAGACGAUUUAUGUCUCUCAGUGUUGUGUUGUUAGUGUUCAUGUAUUUGAUAGCAAUUGCUAUUCCAAAUAUAUGGUAUUUCUUUCAGUUUGUUGGAUCAACUUCUGCUGUUUGUCUCGCUUUUAUUUUCCCUGGAGCUAUUGUUCUAAGGGAUGUUCAUAGGAUCUCGACGACGAAGGAUAAGAUUAUUGCCUCAAUUAUGAUUGGUCUGGCGGUAGUAACGAGUACCAUUGCCAUAUCAAUCAACAUACACAACAUUACAAGAAAUAAGUCAUAAGUCCUUAAUUCUUUUUGGCCUUUCAUGAUGGACUCUAUGCUUACAAGAAAAUUGAAGCGAUGAAACGAGAAAUGAAAAAAAGGCGCAGUCAUAUUUUUUCGAGAAAUAUGUUAAAGUUUCCCGAAGCGUUUCUGAAAACAGUAAUGAAAUGCCGAAUAUAAAACUUUUAACAAAGAUUUAUGGAUUAUAGUGUAAGCUAAGGCUAUUGUAUGCUUUUAAAGCCUGUAGUUUUGAGUAUCAAUAGAAUACAACAGCUAACAAUAAUGUAUGAGGGGCCUGUUUAUUGAUGCAUAUCCAACGACAUGAAGUUGAGUUGAUUAGAGAAACGACAAUGCAUUUUUAAGAGAUACCAGUCAGGUCGUUUACAAUGUGAAAAUGUAAUUCUCGUAAAUUUUGAAUAGAACAUAAUAAGUGUCUGCGUCAACAGACCAAAUAAUUGCUUC